CCGAGGUUUCUGUUCCUUGCAUGCUAAUGCGCAUAUACAUUGCUCUAAGGUGGUAUCUAAGAAGUGUGUAUCAGAAUCGCCUGUUAAUAAGGAUGUACAUUUAGUAUCCGGGCAAACUGUACAUGGGCUUAGGAGGCAGUUUUUUCAAGUCAUAUACCUGUGGAUUAGGACUGGAAAACCAUUGAAUGAGAUGCUAGAAGGUCUUGUCUACUUUUAUGGUUUCCAUUGUUUUGUUAUGGAAACGAGCUUUUUAUUUGAAAUUUUAUCUUUAGAAGAAUCUGUGUCUUCUCUUGUACUGCUUCUUUUGCAGGGAUGAAGUUAUCCAUGAGAGAAAUUGUAUAGACAUGGAUUUUAUGUGUACAUAUUUUAUUAACGACGCAGCCCUACAUCUCAGAUAAGGUGUGGGAUACAUGUAGUAAUGAUAGAUCUUAAUUGUCUGGUAAACAACAGAGCUCUCCGUCAUGAAUGAUAUUGUCUCUCUACUAUCAUGUAAGACCAUACCUAGUUCUUCUCUUUCUCUGUUACAAUUAAAUUCGUUGGAUUCUCUAUCCUACAGCGUUCUUUGAGUACGAAUUACCUAUUUCUUCUGCAUCGUGGUUUCAGGUUUUGACUUUAUAGUCUCUGAUAACAUUGAGACACUUCCCUAGAUAGGGACGUGCCUGCUGUGAUUAGUAUAGUACAAUUCUAACUUCCCUGAUGUUCUCAGAUUUUUGUGUUGGUGACCAGAAAUAUUGGAGCAAUGUGUGUUACAAAAUGUGAACCUGUGGUGAGAAUCCCCAUCCCUUGCACUAAGUGACAUCUGACAUACAACAAAAAGACCACAAACUGACCCUUUGCUUGUUGGUAAUGGGUUCUUGUCUUUUGUCUGCUCCCUGUCUGCAAUUAUGUCUCUUAACUCUCCUGACACCCUUAGCCUUUAGCUGCUUGCUAUAAAUCCACAUCAUUCCCACCUUUUUAUGUAUAUGUUGUGUGGUGAAUAAGCAUUUGUUAUAGAAAGCAACAUGGACACAGAGCCAAAAGGGGUUUUCCCAAGUUCUCCUGAGUAUCAUCCAUUUUACCCUCUGACCACGGAGUGUGGAGGCGUAAUCGAUUUAGGUCUCAGCCUGAAAACUAUAGAAAAUGAGACUUACCUCACAUCUGGCCAAAAUUAUUGUAGUAAUGAAGGAGGUAGACGGAAGUGGGGUUAUGUAAAGGUAACCAUGGAUGGGUUUGUGGUAGGUCGCAAGGUCUGUGUUUUUGAUCAUGGAGGCUAUUCAACUCUUGCUCAUCUGCUCGAAGAUAUGUUUGGGAUGCAGAGUGUGUCGGGAUUGAGGUUGUUUCAGAUGGAGUCUGAGUUCUGUUUGGUCUACAGAGACGAGAAAGGUAUCUGGAGGAAUGCUGGGGAUGUUCCGUGGAAGGAGUUCGCAGAAAGCGUAGAGAGGCUGAGAAUCACAAGAAGAAACGAUGUUAUACUUCCCUUUUAAUUCGUAAACUUUGAUGCUUCUCCUCUCCCUUCACUCAUUGUUCUAAUUUCCAAGUCAGCUCUGAUUUCUGAUUCUUGAAUCGGAAGCCAAACAAGAACAAAAUCAAUGUAGUUUUGGAUACGAAUGUUCGAAUAAAAAAAAAGAAUCACAAACAAGACUUGUGUCUAAAGUAUGUAAUUGUUCAACUCUUUUUUAUGUGUUUA